AUGAGUGAGGAUUGGAACUACUCGAUUAUUCAAGAGACAGUCUGGGCACCCAUAGGUGGAGACCGAGAGAAGGAGCGGGAGUGGAGGGAAUGGCGUGACCGGUCAUGGGAACGAGAAGGGGGGAGGCGAGGCCGCGGCCGCCAGCUGCCUCCGACACCUACUAAACCGUCCACCUUACAGGUCAAACAGCAGCCACCCUUGACCAGAAUUAGCCACAGCCCAUCGCACUUAUCGUUGAGGCCCACUGUGCGAGAGCCGUUAGAGCCUCUCCAUGACGAGUAUGAGUACGGCCGAGAAGUUGAAAGACUGAUCCAUCGAGACUAUAGAUCUAGGGAGAGGCGCGGUUGGGGAUAUGAGGGCGAGCGCGGAGUGCGGACGUACGAAGCGCCGCUGAGCUACGAGGCGGCUCUGGCGAUGGGGCGCGGAGGGGGCGCGCGCGCUCUACCGUCGCCGGGCAGCGCCGGGCCGCGCCUCCCCAACGGCUAUAAGCCCCGAACGCGCCACUCCGACUCCGACGAGGACGAUUGGUGCUAG